GAGUGCUGACGUAAUAUGCGACUCUGCCCUUUGUCAUGCAUAUAGGAAGGGUUUGCAUUGCAAAUGCGCUAGGAUGUCAUUUCUCCGUCCCUGAUUUGACAGUGGCCUGCAACCAGGAUGUGUAUGCUCCCAGCAUGUUUCACUUUGACCCCACCCCCACCACACCCCACCUGAUAAGCAUUGUGGUUGAGUUCCAGAGGAAAGUAUGACACUGAAAACCAACAAAACAGUCACGUGAUUAGGAUCGCUCUCUAGCGAACCUCUUGCCAUCUACUCUCCCUCCCCCAUCUCCUCUCAGUCUCUGCGUGCAUUUGUGCUCCUCUGUGUUUCUACCACACAGAUGACUUCAAACGGAUCUCUCUAGUUCACCUGUGUUGACCCUGCAGUGUAGGAGCCUUUCCUGUACAUGUUGCUGACUCAACUCACUCCCUCACCACUCUCCACCUCUGGUUGUUUGUGUUACAGACGUGCCAAACUGCGGCUGUACCUUGAGCAGCUGAAGGAGCUGGUUCCUUUGGGUCCGGACAGCACUAGACACACCACACUGAGCCUGCUGAAAAGGGCCAAGAUGCACAUCAAGAAGCUGGAGGAGGCGGACAGAAAGGCUCUGAACACCAAAGAGCAGCUCCAGAGAGAGCACCGCUACCUCAAACGACGUCUGGAACAGCUGGUGAUGCCUGGAGGCGUGGAACGUACCCGAACCGACAGCCUAGGCUCCACCAUCUCCACCGACUCAGAGCAAGAGGUGGACAUUGAAGGCAUGGAGUCCCCCCUGGGCGAGGGCGAGGGCGAGGGGGACAGCGUGGACGAGAGCAUCAGUGACGACGGCCUCCUGGACGGCGAGGAGGAGGAGGACUACAACCUGCAGAGCAGCUCCAGCGACGCCAGCUACACACAGCAUUCCUCCCACAGACUGCAGCCGCACCACUGCUAGGGGCCACCAGGGGGCCCCUGAGGGCCACACCUCCAAUCAGCCCUCUAUGACCCCAGCCCCACGUACCCUCCUAUUCCCUUCCUACCCCCCCUAACAUUGCCCCAGCACGCACCUCCUCCAGCCCACGCUACGCGGUCAUCAGCCACCCCCCCAGCAAACAGCGGCUGUGGUCUCCCCCUCCCCAAUGUCCCCAUUGGAGUUUAUUCCUUGGAACCAGGAAGUAGACUGUAGAUGUUCCUGUCGUGGCUGACUUCCUGACUUUUUCCUGUCCUAACCCCUACACCACACCCUACCUCACCCCUAUCCUAUCACCCCUUAUCCCGCUUAUCUUGCCUAACCUGACCCCCAGACCUCCCUCACCUCUACCUGUUGUUGUGGCUGCAGGCUCGGAUAUAGCAGAGCAGUUUGUGGUUUCGUUGGGGACCUCUGUGGUGUGGUGGCAGACAGCUUUGACUUGUCAAUGGGAACUCAGCGUGUGUGUUUAACUGUGUGUGUGUUUGUGUGUGUGGCAUAGUUGUGUGUGCGUGUGCGUGUGUGUGUGUGUGUGUGUGUGCGCGUGUGGUAUAGGAUAGAGCAUUAGCUGGGGACAAACUUCAACUCCGUCAUUUGAAUGAGGCACAAUUUCUGAUGGAGAAAAAAAAUAACGUUCUAUUGGAAUGUCCUAUUGGAGUGUUCUAUUGGAGUGUUCUAUUGGAGUGUUCUAUUGGAGUGUUCUAUUGGAGUGUUCUAUUGGAGUGUUCUAUUGGAAUGUUCUAUUGGAAUGUCCUAUUGGAGUGUUCUAUUGGAGUGUUCUAUUGGAGUGUUCUAUUGGAGUGUUCUAUUGGAACAUAUCUCUUGUUAAUCUGCAAACCCCAAUCAAUGUUACCAAAUGUACUGGACAUUAGGGUCAAUAUUUCUAAGGGCAGCACAUUGAUAUCUCUCCCUCUGGCUGAGUUCCUUAACCACUACUCCACACUACUGAACACGACACUAGAAGUGGGUCUGAAAUGGCACCCUAUUCCUUAUAUGGUGCAAGUAUCUGAAAUGGCACCCUAUUCCCUAUAUGGUGCAAGUGUCUGAAAUGGCACCCUAUUCCCUAUAUGGUGCAAGUAUCUGAAAUGGCACCCUAUUCCCUAUAUGGUGCAAGUGUCUGAAAUGGCACCCUAUUCCCUAAAUAUUCACACACGGUGCAUCCUCAGAAUGGAAAACCAUACUUGACUUUUCAGUAGCAUAUUGAUGUAGCAAUAAAACACGGGAAGAUACUGCUUUCUCGAGCCUUUAAGCGAUUCUGGUGGGUCAAUUUUGUCCCAAAAUGGCAGCAUGAUUGCCCUCUUUUACUAAGUUAUAGAGGACAACUGGGCAUUUUGGAGGGGAAGACAGUGGAUCAGCAAGAUCAGGCUAACCAUUCUUGUUAUUCACUAAUAGAUCCAUUUAUUACCCUGCUGUCAGUCUACUCCUAGCUCCAACAGUUCUAGAUGUGUGUAUGCGUGUGUGUGUAUGUAUGCAGGCGUGCAUGCGUAAGUGUGUGUGUAUGUAUGCAUGCGUAAGUGUGUGUGUGUGUGUAUGUAUGCAGGCGUGCAUGCGUAAGUGUGUGUGUGUAUGUAUGCAGGCGUGCAUGCGUAAGUGUGUGUGUGCACGGUCGGUACACAUUGACAUGUCAAAGCUGUAGAAGUGCAUAAGAAUAAAAAGCCAGCUCUAAUGAUCAGCUCUCUGUAGAGGAAUAGGUAUUGCAUCAAAACUAAUCAUAACAAUGCUUUCAUUUCUCUAACUCAAAGGUAGAUUUGUGUAUUUUCUCUGCUAUAUCUGUUAGCUAGAUACUACUUCUGAAGCUUUGGGGACAUUGUAAAAGACCAAUGUAAUGUAUUCUUAGAAAUGUACAGCACUGUCUCCAAAGCCAUGCACACUAGUGUAAAAUAUUGACGGAAAGAGGCAUAUCUUUGGCCUUCUGAACAUUUAACCGUUUAGGCCUGAGUUUGUCUCGUAAUCCUUAGAGCUUGGCAUUCCAACACUUCAAAAAGGGCCAGUCCACGACUUGGCAGGUCUGAGACCAAAAAAAGAACAAACAAAAAAAAUCACAAAAGACAAAAAACGUUGCAAUGAAAAACCCAGCUAUCGGUCACUGAAAGUGAUACUGUAGUCUAUAUUUUCUAUUCUAUUUUCCUAAAUGUUCUCGUUUAACGAAAAGACAAAAAAGAAGAGUAUAUCUAUAUAAAUAUAUGACAGGCAGACAGACAGAAGGCCAGGCUAGUUGAAGGUAGAGAGAGUGUAGAACAGGGAAGCUAGGAACCUGGUUGCCCCCUUCUCUAGAUCUCUCCCCAAUGUCAUUCUGUGCCUUGGUGACUGUUGUCGUGUGCCCCCCUCCCUCCUCCUCCCUCCAUCCCUACUCAGGUCUUGACCCUGCUACACACUCCCCCAGCUCCACCCCCUUGCCCCCCAGCUCCACCCCUUUUCGGAGUAGAUGAACACUUUGUUUUAACCCCUUCCAUCCCAAGCCAAAUGGUAAAUCUGUCUCCUCCUUGAGUGAAGAAGGGGCACGUGAAGAACUGAUUUUAGCCCCUUUUGCCUCCAUCGAGUACUCCUCAAGGUGUACCCCUGGUGCGGUUGCCAGGUACGCCCUACCCACUUGACGCCUGCCUGCCACACCGCUUAAAGUCAACACUGACCAUACUGGUAACUCCCGAUGGCAGCUUCCAUUCACUCGCCCUGGCUGGUCAUUAUUGGGGUUCAAUCAGUCAACCUGAUUAAGGGUUUAAACUGCUUAAUUUGUUGUUGUGGCAGCCAUUUUGUUUUAGCUCUGUUUAUGAAAUGCACUUGUUUUUGAACAGGAAACCAUUUGGGUGAGGAGAAGGGAGGAGAAAUCCAAUCAAUGAAGGCAGCUCGUGGUGUUCUCCUCCCUCCCUCCUCCCGGUGGCACCUUCCCUACUCUACUCUACUACCAUAGUUUUACCGUGACCCUGGUGGUCAUGGGGCGUCUCGAGACACAGCAAUAUGACCAUCUUGUGCUUUUUAAAGAGGAAGUGGGCGGUUGGUUGGUAGGCAGGCUUGGGUUUUGAAAAAAAAGAAAAAGACAGAUUUGUGCUUCGACUCUGUGGUUCAUUUUGUGGCCAACAAUGUUAACAUUUCUGUUGAUGGAUUUUACCUCUGAACUCUCUCCAUACACUGAAGGAGGGCGAAAAGAAACUAACCGAGAAAGAUCAGUUCUUGAGUUUACAUUCAUGUCAAGGACCUAUGUACACGACUGUUAGGAGCACAGAUGUACUACUCUUUCAGUUUGCUUUUGAAAUGAACAACUGAGUAAAACUUGUCAAAUGAAAACAAAAUAUUCUCUUGCACAGAACCUCCCAUCAGCUAAUGUGAGGCAAUGAGUAAACGGAAACACACGUGGGCCAGGUAUGAGAUUUCUCAUGUUCAGCGACAUCAUUUUAUAAUGCACAUAGCGCACGUUCAGAAAGAGUGAGUGGUUGGAGGGCAGGUGUAUUAGCAGAGGAGGAUACUGAUUCAGAUACUGAAUGCAGGAGCAAAAGAAGUUGAAAAGACGUUAAGCAGACGUCUUUUUGGUUGAAAAAUGUAUAUUUUGUGUUGAAAAUGACUUUUUUGGUUGAAAAGACGUGGCCUUUUCAAAGUCUUGCGCUCACUAGGUUUCAGGGAAUAAGACUGCUGGAGAGUGGUUAUGGAAUUUCUUUCAAUGAUGUGCCUUGAAAAUAACUUUGUUUUCUUUUAACCAGAGAGAUUGUACUUAAAGUGUGACAGAGAUUGUCGAGCAAAUCACUUGGCGAUAGGCAUUGAACACUAAAUGUGUUGACUUGUGAAUGAGUUUGGAAACGCCUGGGGAAAGUAUCGGUUGAAAGAUGUGUGCUCGACUCUCAACCCUUUCACAAUGCAAAAACAACAUUAUUGUAAAAGUAAUCGAUGGUGCUGUCCAACAAGCUUCCUUUAAACGUCAGAGCGGGGGGGGGGGGGUUGACACACUUAUCAAUCAAGAUGUGUUGACUGUUGUCGAAGCCGAGAGGUGGUUGAUCCCUGCUUUAAAAAUCAUCUAGUCUCUGAAAUUUAUCCAAGUGUGUUUCAUUUUUCUUUUCAAAGCACAAAAGCACAGCAAAAUGAUGAUUGAGUCUGUCUGCAAGGCUAUUGCUGCCAAGGGAGUCAGCAGGAGGGUGGGAGGGAGAGAUUGGGGUGAAAUAAGGUUGAGGCUCAGACCAAACAAGUGAAGCCUGUAUAGAGGCAAGGGGAAAGUCAACAGACGGACAUACACUCAGACCUGGGUUCACAUAGUAUUGUGAAAUCUCUGAAAACACUUUAUCUGUGUUUGAUUGUGGCUGUCUGCCUGUUUUUAAUGGAAUGGGCCCAAAAGAGCAAAUCCCACCCAUUUGGCUGGCAGGCAGACUUAACAAGCAAAGUAUUUGAAAUCUUCCUAUUUGAGCUCAGGUCUGACAGUUACUUUCAGAUACAAAUAGAACCCAUUCCUGUCCUCUGUCCUUUCCAAGUGCAGCGCUAUGAACAAACAAUCGAAUAAUGCCGUAACGAAAACCCGAUUCCUGCCAAAUAACUAGUCACUUUGAUUUUCUUUCCACCCCCUUGCGGACAGUCAUCAGACACCUAUGGAAUCCCAUCUUAAAUCAGCUUUAAUAGCAACAUGAAAUGUAGAUUUUAGUCCCAAGUGUAUCAUUGUCUCUCUUCUUAAUCCCUCUAACCCGUUACUGUCCUUUCUGUGUGACAUUGCUAGAGCACCGUCUGAAGAUAGGAAUGAUUUCUUUCCUCUUUUAUGUUAUGAGUUCUGCGAUCGUUCUCUUGUUGUCGUCUUGUUGUCGAGUUGGCAUGAGAGAACUCUUAAUCCCGAGGGUGUUGUGUGUCUCGUUGAUAGACAGUUUAGGGGCCUCGGAACUUUGGCCAGAGGGGGGGGGGGCUGGUUGAGAUUAGGUUCAGAGGGAGGGAGAGGAUGAAGGGGGCUGAGGGAGCUUGGCAUCGUAGUCAGGCAAAACACUGAGUAGGGAGAGUUCUGUGCCAGAGACCUGUGAAUAUGUUCCUUUAAUAGCAGAUGUUGUAAUAUGCUUUCAAAAGAUGUGCUAUAUUAUAUAAAUUCCUAUGUAUGGAUACAUGAGUUUACCUGGUGCUGGAUAACAUUUUGGCACACACUUGAAGGUAUUACGGUGUAUUCUUUAAUUGUAAUAUAAUUAAAAAAAUGUUUUUUACACAA